CUUGUGACGAGCUCUGUAGAGCUAAAGCUUCAGCGUUAUUAUCUCGAGCAUUUGGUUUCAAACAUCCGACUGCUUUUCAUCGCUUCGCAUACGUGUGCAGAGAUUCGCGACAAGGUGCGCGUCGCUCACUUUUACACGAGUCGACAAAAAUGGAGCGUCGGCGUGCGUGUUUAGCGGAUCAGCCACCGAAACGGUAGCGUAGCGAGGCUGAGGUGAGGCUUUUCCUCGCGUGUCGUGCGCGAGCUAGCGGUGGUGGCCGGCUUUGCCGUCGAAGGAAGUAGCCCAUAACUGUCUGCCUUCCACACCGGCGUAAUGAGCCUCCCCCACGAACAAAGGAAAUCUCCUUGCGCUCUUGAUAGGAUCUUCCAGCCGUAGUGAAAAUAGCGUGCCGAGAAAUGCGCGAUCGUUAGUCGCGCGGGAAACGUCGAAAGAGCAACGUCGUGUGCUCUGCGUCGAAAGAAAGAAAGAGAGACCGGGUCGACCCAGACGAGAUCUCCCUUUUUCGUCUUUCGCAACACUCGUUACUGCCGGAAGUCCUCGUCGCUCAUCCGCGAUUCAUAUCGGACGAUUCAUAUCGGACGAUUCGGCAAUGGCGAGGUGAAAACGAGUCGACGAGCAUGUCAACGGAUGACAGCCGCCAGACCUCGAGGAAGGCGAUGCUUGAGACCGGCAGGAGGUCCGCUAUAAGUACGUCAGAACUGGGCCUCUACUCGGAUCGCAGUGAUCGGUACAAUAGGAAUCGCUACGGCCUAAUCGUGAGGAAGUUUGUGAUCGGCGUUAUGGUGGUGGUAACGGUGAUCCUGGUGGCGAUAUUCAUGUACGACUUCACGUCGGCCAUGUCGGCGAACAGCAAAGUCAACCAAGAGACGAAGCACAUAUACAUCCUGCAGAAUGCCCUGAAGAAGUCGCCAAAUUUAUCGAAGAAGUCAGUCAACUUCAGCACGAUUCUGCCGCAGGCUAUCGUCAAUCAGACGGACAUUCCCGCGGUGAAAAGUCGCGCUUCAGACAACGCGGAGCACGAAAGUCCGGCGCAACGGAACGGAACGAUCGACCUGACGCUGCCCGAGUCUCGCAUCAUGAGAUCGGGCGAGUUGGAGUCCCGGGCGCAGAAUUUGCACAACUUCAAGCAGCGGAAGAGGGUGCUGAAGUCCGUGGAGGAGGACAAGGAGAAUGAAGGGUCCGAGGCCAAGCAACUGCUCGAUAACCACGCGAUCGGUUACCGCAUGAGACAGAGAUACAACUAUCCUGAUCCGGAGGGGGACAUCAACACGGGAGAGGCUCGGCCGACACCGUUUCACUGGGAAUUCAAAACGCCGCACCCGUCAUCCUUCAAACGGCCGAGGUACCCGCAGCUGUCGCAAUACCGAUACCCGCAGUCGUCGAGGAACAUACAAGACAUCAUCAAAUACCUGACCAACGACGCCGAGAUGCCGCCGAAUCGCGGCAUCAAGUUCACCGGCGUCUACGUGAACCCGAAGAAGUACGACCUAUUUCCUGGCAUAGGGGAGAUGAUGUCCGGCAGCGACAAGUCCGAGGAGGACGUGGCGUCUCCGUAUCCUGUCACCUACCAUAACGAUCCUUUCUACCAGUACAAACCGAAACACCCGGCUGACGUCAAUCUGUUGGCCCCGUCUAAUGUGAGGUUCUCGCCGACCGGAAUACAUCGAUACAACCCUUACUACGACUCCCUGUAUUCUCGACCCUUGUUCAACAAGCCGAUCGGAAUGGAGCCGCAAUACGAGAACGCCGGCGCGUACUCGACGAACACCUUGGGGAAGAACAGAAAGCCGAAGCCGUUCAGCGUGAUGCUCGACAUUUAUCCCAUCACCGAUAUCAUGGAGCAGAACAAGAAGCCGACGUGGUCACGGCCCGCGGACGAUUACGACUCUAGGAGACCUCUCCAGUUUACCCGGGGACCAAAACUAUAUGGGUCGUCUCCGCAACCACCCGUUCCUCUCGUAGCUAUGCCGAGUCCUACGACUUUGCCGGAGGAAGAGGAAAGGCAGCAGAUGAUAUUUCACUUGAAUCUGUAUCCUCGAAGGAAGAAUAAGCUUAACAGACACGACAUCAUCCACAAAUCGGAAUCGAUGGGACUUAAGGAGCGGCAAGAAUUCGCGGAGAAGAUAAUGUCACCAUUGGAGUCGAUCGCCAAACACCUGACUGAUCAUUCCGCAAUCGAGCAGUCCAAGUUCGAAGAGAACGAAAAUCCAGAGACAACAAACUUACCUUUAACACGGUACCACGAGAUUAACCUGGAUGAUAAGGACGAAAAGGAUGGAGACCUCGAAAUAAAUAAGGAUUCAGAAACCUACCCAGAUCCGAGUAGCGAGGGUGGUCGCGUCGAAGAAAACGUCACCGUGCCUUCGAAUCAUAAAUUAAACGUCGACGAAGACUAUACCAGCACAAAGAAAUUCGAGGUCGAUUUACAAAAAACAAUGAAAUUCGUGAAGAACGACUGUGCGAAUUGCGACAACGCGACGGCGAUCGACGAUCCGAAAACCAGCGCGAACAAAAGCGCUGACCUUUCGAAGGAUGUCGAUACUGUCGAAGGAUUUCAACGCUUCAGUGACGGUCUUCUACGCUCCGAUUGGGUGGGCAGUAUGAUUUAAACUAGAAGAUGCCGAAAUCAUCCGAUCAUUUUUUGAGAGAACAGUCGAAUAUUAUUGUUGUAUAUUGUUGGCCGAAAUAUAUUUUUCUAACUCUUCUCUCUGUCGUAAUUCAAACUAAACUUCCUGACUUCAGGAUCUCUUCAUUGGAAAGUUCGACGUGAGAAGAAAGACGU